CGGCCGCGCAACGUCACUGAUGGUUAUAUAGGCUGCAGCUGUGGCGGCGGGCUCGCGCUGCUGAGACAGGCAGAGCACUGAGGACCGGUGGCGCGCGCUCACAGACUCCCACUCAGCCACACACACACUCCCCAAACAAAGAGAAGCACGCGAGGCAGCACAGAGCAUCCCACCCUUUCAGCCGCGAGCUCACUUGCAGAACCGCCCCCCCCCAUCCCUCUCACACACAGAACCGGUCCGGUCCGAGGCUCGAGCUCACAGAACCGACAAUGACAACUAACGGCGCGUCUAACGGAACCAGCGACAUGCUGCAGAUCCAGUUCGGUCUGAUCAACUGCGGGAACAAAUACCUAACGGCGGAGACCUUCGGCUUCAAGAUCAACGCCUCCGCCACGAGCAUGAAGAAGAAGCAGAUCUGGACUCUGGAGCAGAGCGGGGACGACUCCACCGGCAAUGUGUUCUGCCUCAAGUCACAUCUGGGCCGGUACAUCGCCGCCGACAAGGACGGUAACGUUACCGGAGACAGUGAGACCCAGGGCCCGGAGUGCCGGUUCAUCAUCACCGCCCAUGAUGACGGCCGCUGGUCCCUGCAGUCGGAGCCGCACGGCCGCUACCUGGGCGGCACCGAGGACCGGAUCAUCUGCUUCGCCCAGACCGCCUCGGUGGCGGAGAAAUGGAGCGUGCACAUCGCCAUGCACCCGCAGGUGAACAUCUUCAGCAUGACGCGCAAGCGGUACGCGCACCUGAGCGCCAAAGUGGACGAGAUUGCCAUCGACCGGGACGUCCCGUGGGGGGUGGACUCCAUGAUCACGCUGGUGUUCCGCGAGCAGCGCUACCACCUGCAGACCUCCGACAACCGGUUCCUGAGGAACGACGGCGCGCUGGUCGCCACCAGUAUGGACCUGUCAGCCAAUCAGGACGAGGAGGGCGACCAGGAAGUGUUCCAGGUGGAGAUUUGUCGUGAAAACAGGAAGUGCGCGUUCCGGACCGCCGCUGGGAAAUACUGGACCCUGACUGCUAACGGCGGCCUGCAGUGCACCGCCUCCACCAAGUCAGCUAAUUGCUACUUUGACAUUGAGUGGCGUGGGAAGAGGCUGACUCUCAGGGCUGCUAACGGGAAAUAUGUCGCCGCCAAGAAAAACGGCCAACUAGCAGCCACCAUCGACUCUGCCGGUGAGUCGGAGGAGUUCCUCAUGAAGCUGAUUAACCGCCCGAUCAUCGUGCUGCGGGGAGAGCACGGCUUCAUCGGCUGCAGGAAGGUGACAGGGACGCUGGACUCCAACCGCUCCACCUAUGACUACUUCACUCUGGAGUUCAGAGAUGGAGCCUACAGCCUGCAAGACUCGACGGGUAAAUACUGGAUGGUGGGUAACGAGCAGUCGGUGGUGAGCAGCAGCGACACACCCGUCGACUUCCUCUUCGAGUUCUGCGACUACAACAAGCUGGCCGUCCGCCACGCCGCCGACAGCAAGUACCUCCGUGGCGACCACGCUGGCGUGCUGAAGGCCAACGCCGACGACCUGGAGACCGCCACACUGUGGGAGUACUGAGGGGGAAGCAUGGAUGCGGUCGCCCACUGCUGCGAUGCUGAUGAAUGAAGUGUGGCGACGCAGCACGGCAGCACUACCUGUCCAUACAUCUACCUAUCUACCCCCCACUCCCCUUCCUUCCAUUCCUUAUAUUAUAUCCUGUACUUAUGACUUUAUAUGUUGAUAAACUGCACAGAGAGAACAGGAAGGAUAGAAGAAGAAGGAAGGAGAACACCCCUUUCUCUCCUGCCUCCCUUUCCUUCCCUUCAUCCUUCCUUCCUCCCUUUUUCCCAGCUCUGCUCUGCAGCGCCGACCUUUAUCUGUUGCCAUAGUUACCGUGGGGCUGUGCACUUUUUUCUGCUCCCAUCUGGUUCGCUGCUCAACCUGUCACUCAACUCCCUCCUCGCCUUACGAUUGGGCCGUCCCUCUCCCAGAGCAGAGCAGAGCCACGUUUAAAGAGCCCCCCCCCGUCCCCGUCCCCCGUCCCCUCCUCUCUGAGUUAACCCCCUCGUCUUUCUACUUGUCUCUAUUGUCUGUGUGAGCAGCACAUGGUGGCAGUAUUUAUGGUGUCUCACCUGGUCUGCUAGAUCUGUUUCUACCUGAUUUAAUCUCCCAACGCAGAUCCUCCACUGGAUAAAAUCGACUUCAGCUGCUUCCUGUUAGCUGCAUGUCAAAGAUGGUGAAAGUGGGUCUGUUUUUGUGCGGCUGGGUCAUGUAGAAACAGAUUUCCUGCUUCUGUCAGACCAGGUCUAGUUUGUUUUCAUGAGCAGGCCUGUUGUCUCUGUGUGAUAACUAUGUGAUAUAACUGGAGUGGAUCUGAUAAAGAUAUUGAAGAUGGUGUAACUGACGGGUUCAAGCCCCACCCCCUCCCCUACUCUUCAUCUCAACUGUAUAAUAUUCAAAUGUAAACCAGUUUCCUCUGUUGUUCUCACUGGUUGGCGGGGAAUUUCCUGGACCAAACAGGAUGUAGGAAGUUAAAACACUUGUCAACCCCUUUACCUCCCCCCCUCCUCCGCAAGCUGAACCUAUUGUCCCGAGAACAGUAUAAAGAAAAUAAAAUUAAAAAUGGUGCGGACAUGUGUUUACUGCACUCACCUGUCUUACUGGAAGAAAAAGCACUCGCUAACACACAGUUGGAUUCAUUUCUUUUUCUAUGUCCAAGGCACAGACAUUAUCAUGGGUAGGCGUACAGUAGGUAGCCAUAGCAACUGGAGCGAAAUGAUUUAUAGACCCUUUUUUGAAAGCUGCUUUUUGAAUCCCUCAACCAAACUUACACCUCAGCCUUUAUCUAGACCAAACCUUUGAUACUGGAUUAACAAACCGUCAUCUCACAACUAACGAAAACUGGAACCUGGUGCUACUAACUCACGACAUGUCACAAGAAAUGUUAGUCCUGUCGAGCAUCUCACAUACAUAACGUCUGGACCAACUCCUGCACUUGAGAGCCUUGCCAUAUAAUAGAAAGGGCUGCAAGAGUGCCCUUAAUAACCUAAACCUGCUUCUUAUUUGGAUUUAAUUUCUGUCUGAACUUCAAGGAGUAUCACGACAGCCUUUUUUAUAAUGAGAAAUGACCAAAUUGUAUUUGUUUUUGUUGGAUUUUUUUUUGUCCCUGACUCGUCAGUGAAAGUGGGGAAGAGAGAGAACAAAAAAAGAAAAGAAGCCUUUGAAUUUGUCGUCUAUUUAACUGAAAUGUCUGUAAUGCAGUCAUGUAGCACAUUGCACCCAUAGGUCCUGCCCUCUUUGAUUCUCUACCCUUUGGCGGCGUGCUUUCUCCACAACUCAUUUAGCCGCGAUGGUUUCUAUCUACUGGUUUUUACAGUACAGCAAAGAUUAUUUUGGCACUAGGCCCUGAAUUAUCGGGCUCUUCCACUCAUCAUCCCAAUCAUCAAGUAUUCCUCUGAUGUGAAAAUCUGUAUGGAAAAUCCAAUCAUUGCAGCCCCAUGAAAUGAUACAUGAUUGUAGCCAGCUCCUCACCAAGUCCGUCCAACUUCCUCUCUGAAGUUUUGACCGUUUUUUGCAUGAAGGGUUGAGAAUCUCAAGCAAAUAAAAGGAGCGGUUAUCCUCGGAGAAACAGCAUCUCCGAGGCAACCGAGACUGGCUUAGACAAACGGAUGUGGAAGGGUAAACAUGUGGUAAUGACUGUGCCUUACUCUUGAGUUUUUGGGCAGUAGGAAAAUAAAAAGAUUAAGAAAAAAUAAUUAAAGUCCACAUCUUUGCUUUGUAUAACUGGAACUUCUUUUUGUAUUAUUAUUUUGUAUAAUUUUUUGAUAUUGUGGAUUAAUCUCUCUCUCUCUCUCGUGCCAUUGGUUCACCUGAAAUCCAACGACCAAUAAAACUGGGAUUUGGAACGCUA